AUGUGGGAGGAAUUUGACAAAGAAAUAGUAGAUAAAUGCAGUCAAGGGGUGGAUGAGAAUUCUAUUAACCAAGAUGAAUUAUGGGAUGAGAUAGCCAUCGGGAGUUGUAACAGAGUAGUCGGAAAGGGUAAUAUUGUUAGGCAGAUGUCUUCAUCCAUUUACAAGUCACGCUUGGGAUCGUCUAAAUCAACUAAACAACUUUGCAAUAGAGUUAAGGAAUUGGAGGAAGAGCUUGCUAGGCCUCAUGCUGAGGCUGAUGAUCGAUUACAAGCAUCUGAUAAUCAGUUACAAGCUGAGUCGGCUUGUCGAAAAUUAUUUGAAUCAUCACUGCUUGCUGCACUUCGUGGCCAAGGUACUCCUCAUGAAAUUGCAAUUACAGCAUCAUAUCUAAGGAAGGAGUUUGAAAUGAAGGAUCUGGGAAAGACAAGAUUUUGUCUUGGUAUACAAAUUGAGCACUUACCUACUCGAAUAUUUAUUCACCAGUUAGCUUACACAGAAAAGGUGCUGAAAAGAUUUAAUAUGGAUAAGCCCUAUCCAUUAAGUACCCCAAUGGUUGUCCGGACAUUUGAUGUUCAGAGAGAUCCAAUUCGUCCACCUAGUGAAGAAGAUGAAAUUUUUGGCUCAGAAACUCCGUAUCUAAGUGUAAUAAGUGCAUUAAUAUAUCAUGCAAAUAAUACCAUACCAGAUAUAGCUUUUGUAGUAAAUCUCCUAGCAAAAUAUAGUUCUACACCGACAUGA